AUGGCUAAGGAAAGCUUUUGGUCUCCCGUCUCCAAGCCGACAGGUGAAGAGCUUGAAAAGGUGAUCUUCUUGACAUUUCUCCGGAACAUCUUUUCCACACAACAUGCUUCUGCGAAUCGAGAAGCGGCGCGCCUGGAACGAAAACGGCAUCGGCUGUCUCAGCAAAAACAGAAAGGGGAGAGACAGGAAAAGACUGCAGAGGCAUGGGAGGACGAGGAAGGAGGAGCAGGGCCGUUAGUUCACAUCAUUGCAUCUCUGGUGCACUCAGCAGGGGUGCCGUACAAACCGCCUAUGAAGGAGCCAAACACAGUUGCGUCAGAGCCCGCCCUAGUGGGUGUAGAGGUGGCAACAAGCGACAAUACACUCCAGCCAGCAGCGGAAGCAUCACGUGAAGGGGUCUCCGCAGAGUCCGCCAACGUCAUCCAGAAACCCCGAAGCGCACUUGCUACUCUCGUUGAAAAUGCUCGUCUAAAGGAGAAAUUGCAAAAAACAGAACACUCUGAAGCAAAUAUCGACAACUUCAAAGUGUCACCUAUGCAACAUUCACCCCGCGGCAGUGCAAGGGUCAAUCUCCCGUUGGAAGGUCGUGAUAAUCCAUCUGAAUCUGACCAGCUUGGAGAUGAGUUUGGUGUAGCGCUGCCUCUUAGGCAUUCUACAGAUGACGGCAGCAAUGCGUCGUCACACCCGGCUGAAAUUCCUCUGGCGAAGCAUCCCUCCCAGAUGUCUCAGGAGGAAUUCCUGCGUCAAUUCAAGCGUGCUCCUCGUCGGGGAGAAAUAGGGUAUGAUGCAGAGGGUGUCGCUGCAGCCGAGGCCGUUGGAUACGUCAUGAGUGGCUCCAGGAAUAAGGAAAAGCAACACUAUGUAGACAGUAUUCAAAGAAAACUGCAUGAAAAAGAAGCUCGAAAGCUUCGACUGCAAUUCAGAAAAGUUGAAGAUGAAAGGAGCGAUAAUACAAUGGUUCAAGCCAUCCUCGCAAUGGUAAAUGCAAAAACUCACCAUGAAGGCAACUAA